AUGUCGGGCGCACCCGACGACGUCCAAGUAUUGCAAGCAAGCGUGGCCGCAGACGAUGAAAGCCAUUUCCGGCUGUUGCUGCGCGGAAGACAUAUCAGGUAUGUCACCGUCGCAGCUGGAGUCUACGAGGGAGACGACAUGUGCUUUCCCCCGUCCCUGCUGUCUAUUCUCCCAAGAUUUCCCGCGGGCGACUGGAACGACGGAUACAUCACGAAGCAUAGCGACUCUGGAGAUCCGUAUUUCAAAAGCGCUGUAAGGACCCAGUUUCCGGCAAUACAGAGCGCCUGGCAUCGAAAGUACUUCGACUACUUGGACUUGGAACUAGGAGAAAAGCUCCGGACAAAUUUGUAUGAAGCCAAAACAUCAGGCUUCCCCGAGGCCGUGGUGGUAGCCAAAUUCGCAAGAUUCGGCUGGGAAAUCGAUUACAUGGACACAGAGUGCGCUGCGUAUCAGUGGAUCCAAGGCAAAGAUAUCGGCCCAAAGUUCCUGGGGAACAUCAGCGAGGAGGGCAGAACUAUUGGCUUCAUCAUCGAGCGUAUCGUCGACGCCCACCACGCUUCCACCGCCGAUUAUGCGGCGUGCAAGGCUGUGCUCUCCAGAUUGCAUCAUCUGGGCAUCUUGCAUGGGGAUAUUAAUAAGCACAACUUUCUUGUAUCGGGAGAUACAGCUGUGCUCAUCGACUUCGACUGUGCGCGGAAGACGGAGGAUAAGGCUGCUUUGGCAGAGGAGAUGAGCACGCUCCAAGCGCAACUUGCGAGCACUUCUGGACUGGGAGGAAGUUCCAGUGAUCGAUAG